AUGGAUAUACUCGAAAGACCAAACCUAUGUAUUCCAGAAAUUACAGAAGAGGGCAAACAAAAGAUAGCGAAAUUAUUAAAAGCAUUCUACGACGAGACAUAUAUCACAGGAAACGACUACCAAACAAAAGAAUACAUAUUGGAAUGGUGUCGCACGAAUAACCUACCUGUCACAACAUUACUUGAAUACCUACAAAGCAGCAUCUACCACGGCGAAUGGUCCUGUUUACGCGCUUUCUGCUACAAUUACGAGAUCGGCACACCCAAGAAUGAGAGACUAGCAUUACGAUGGUACAAAAUUGCCGCGGCAAACAAGGACUCUUUCGCUGCGAAUCAGAUCGGCUGGUUUUAUCAAAAUGGAUUGUCGACUCGGAAAAAUAACGAAAAGGCGAUAAAGUAUUUUGAGAAAUCGGCAAGAGAAGGGCAUCCACACGGAUGUUCGAAUCUGGGACAUGCGUAUCGUUGGGUAAACAUGCGUGCUGCAUUCUAUUGGUAUCUUCGUGCGGCCGAAACUGGGUACCCGAGUGCGUAUAAGUAUGUGGGAUGUUGUUAUCAAGAUGGUGCUGGGUGUGUUAAAGAUCCACACGAAUUUUUAAGGUGGAGUGUGAGAUAUGAGGAACGGCGUAAAGAGAUCGAAAAUAUCAAAAAGAAAGCUAAGAAAGAUGAAGUUGUUAAAAAUUUGGUCUUAUUCCAAAUUAAUAUGUUUGAAACAUAA